CCAAGCCCACUGGACUCUUCAUGGCCGAAAAUGGCGAACUGGGCUUGAGCCCACAUCGAGGACCCUACCGGUAAUUGUGCCCGCUCCUUGAGGUCAAAGUGGUCACUGGAUUAAUUUGUCUGAAGCGAUCUUACUUUCAGUCUUCAGGAAGCUGUUUCGUCAUCAACGUUCGACUCUGCCAAGCUUGAAUGGGAGGCAGCGAUUCCGAUUCGAACGUUGUCCUCCCGAGGUUGAAGAGGGAAGACUGCGGACGAACCAAACACGACUCUGCGUUCUCCACUUGGAAGGUGCUCGUAGGACCUACUGAUUGGGAAGAUUAUUCAUCGGGGAAGGAAGGUGCCACCAGGUACAGGGUCCAUAAUCUCCCGAGAAGUCCGGGGCCGGGGAUAUAUGAGCUCGGCGUGGCUGCUUCUCACGCCAAGUCGGGGCGUGAGGUCGCCAAGCUCGAUCCACGACUCGUAGUUGUGGUUUACCUUGGGAAGGCGGACUGUGUCAGGACCAGACUCCAGCAGUACGGUCGGUCCGGUGCUCACUUGGGCAGGUGCUCGCCAGCUGCUUGUGAAAUUGACUGCAAGACAUGCUCUCCCACCAGACAGCUUGGAUUGUUUGAGGAAGUGUUGUCAAGAGGCAACCCCAUUGUGUUCCGAUGGGCUACCCUGAAUGACAAGGGAGAUGCUCAAAGAGCGGAACUUUCGCUUCUAGACACCUUUGAUUAUGCAUGGAACAAAGGCAGUAACGGUUCACGGCGGCCCAGUGAUAUUUUCCGGAAACUUGAUGAAAUCGCUUCAAGCACAUACCACAUUUCCAGCAUGGCAAGGAAGCUUCUCCCUUUCCGUCCCAGGGAAGUGGGCAUCAGAAUCAGAGGAAAGCUCCUUUCAGAGAAGAAAGAAACCUCUCCCCAAACUGGAGGAGAAAACAACAAUUUCUUAAACGGGAUUUUCAAGUUCAGCAAAUCGCGGCCUAGGCUGGUCAUAAGUGAAUCCCGUGCUAAUGACACUGCGAUUUCGGGUACCUCCCCAGCUAACGAGAGCUUCUCUCCUUUAUGUGGGGUCAUCUUGGAAGAUGGCUCUCCCUGUACAAAACCAACACUACAAGGGAGGAAAAGAUGUAGCGGACAUAAGGGGAUGAGGAUUUGGGCAUCGAAUUCCGUAUCCCAUGCUAAUGACACUGCAAUUUCGGUUAGCUACCCAGCUAACGAGAGCUUCUCUCCUUCAUGCGGGGUCAUAUUGGAAGAUGGCUCUCCCUGUACAAAACCACCAGUACAAGGGAGGAAAAGAUGUAUCGAGCAUAAGGGGAUGAGGAUUCCAGCAUCAAAUUCUGUACUGAGCAGAAAAGGAGCAUCCAGCAAGAUCCAUGAACUGGGAAACAUGGUAGAAGAAGCUUUCUUACAGCAGGGGAACGUCAAAAAUGACUUUGGUACUGUAUGUGGAGUGGAUUUCGGUGAUGGCACGUUCUGCACGAGGAGAGCUGCUCGAGGAAGAGUUCGGUGCGAGCAUCACAAAGGGAUGAGGAUAAACCAGAUAAAAAAGAAACAUGUCGGCAGCUGAAGACAAUGCAAUAUUCUUUGAGCCAUUAAAUUAUAACAUACGGAGCAGACAUUGGCACCAGGAAUAUUAAAACCGACAGCUUGCUUCUGUUGAUGGAUCGAAACUAAUUUAAUGGUCUUAUGGUAUCGCGAACCAGCAUAAGGAACAGAAUUAUUGCCGGCACAGGCUGCCUUUCUGUUUUAUUCGGAGAGCUUAGUGAUGUGGUAGUUCCAAAUGCAAGGAAUCCGGUUUAAGGAAGUUUGCGCAUUUUCUGUUGACUCUUUCUCUUUCUAUCAUUCUGGAGAAUGAUUGAAGUAUAUAGAUAUUGGCUCUGAUCAUAGCUCUUCUAGAUAAUCUGCACAGGUUGGGGAUCGGAAAUGUCCCUAAGCUUUUCCUCA